GACCGCGAAACAAUCAUCGGCGUCUGUUCCGUAUCACGACAAAGUUUCCUGAAUUUAAGAUUGCAUAGCAGAUACAACGAAAGGAGUGUGCUUAAUCGGACGUACUGUAUGCGGACCAAUUUAUGAACAUUCUACAACAGCAUCACAAAUCGCGAUGACUCCACAACAUGUGGAUUUGUUACUGAACCAUCUUCCUCAGUAUUUUGAUCCGCACAUGACGGUCGAGCUGAUCGACGAAAUGUACCAGGAGGAAAGAGCCGACGAAUCAGAGUCCCACGAUCAAAGGCUCGAUUUACGUGACUCUCCCAUGGUGCAACGUGCUCUGGAGCGACCGGCACAGCUGCUGGAAUUAAUGCGCGAUAUUAUUCUUGCGUUUAAAACCAUCCGCCGUACAGCGGGUGUCUUUGAUCAGUUCGAUAAUUGGCAAUAUUUUGCGAAGAAAAUAUCUGUCGAUCAGUUUCUAGCAUUCAUUUAUGCAUUCCCCAUGCUGGCGGAACAGGACUCCACUGAACGGAAGCUAGCAGUGACUGCAGCAAGAAUGUAUCUGGUUUUACUGAGCACACCGGGACAGAAACAAACGCGGGCAUUCGAUGAGCAAGUCCUGCUCAAAUGUUUGGAUGUACUAAAAACAGAGGAACGAUCUGCGGAAGGGAUGCAGGCGGAAAAUGAUGGGAGAAAAAAAUCACAAAUCGAUCUGAUUGCAAUACUGGAGGAUCUCGAAUUGCUGCUCAGCUGUAUGACACUGAAAAACUGUGGCUCCGUUAAGCUGCAUCUGGUGAAGUGGCUGGUGAAUGUUCUCAAGUACUGCAUCAAGCAAGAAACCGUUCGUGUGUUUGCUGAAAAGCUGGCUGGAAAGUGCUACGAAAUACUGAGCACCAUCUGUUCGCCGGAACAUGAUGAUCACAACGAGUGUGUGAACAACAUAAGCUUGAUUUUUAAUAAGACCGCUCUGUUCUAUCAGCAGGAGUACAGAAAUGCACCGCAGACCUUUCAAGUGUAUAACUUUUUUCUAAAGUUGUUGGAACAGCACCCCAAAGACACAUCGAGCAUCCUGACAAACUUCAUCAAAUCGGUUCUAACGAACCCGCCCAAGGUGUUUGCUAAAGCGGAUGAUUAUGCGUACUUACUGGAUGUGGCGGUAAAGUACGAGCUUGCACUGUACAGCAAAUGCAACGUUUCGAUUGUGGAAUAUUUGAGCCAGUUAGAAACACAGGCUGACUCGAGCACUCGCAGCAAUACGUUGGAAAUCAUCGCUAGACUCGGUACCAUGGAGUGCACCGUCGAUUGGGUGUUGUUCCGUUCGGAGAUAUCAACGGUGCCUCGAGAGAUAGAAAUGAUUCGCCUGGUUUGUAACAAACUGGCGGAGAAAAACAACUCUAUCAAACUAAAGGCGUUCCAAUGCUUGCUGAGACUUAUGCAAAACGGCAACCAAGUAGUUCACCAAAUAUUCCACGAUGCUUUCUUUCGCAACUACGAGGACGACGAGGAAAGUUCUUAUCUGCAGAUGAACGACGUAGAAGAACUGUAUCAGAUGGCGGAGAUGGAUCUAGGGAUCUCCAGGACAUUAUUUCACCUGCCCCAACAAAAUAAAACCCUUGAUGACUCUGCAGCAGGCGGUGCAACCCAAGAGAAAGCGAGCACAUCUCGAGAAGAUGAAGAAAAAACAACGAGUAUCGAAGGAAUGGACGCGAUACGGGAAACUUUGAAAUCCCUUCCGGCGAUCAUUUACGAAGCACUACGAUCAUCCAAUUCGGCCAUCCGUAGAGUGUCGUUCAGUUGUCUAGAGUACAUUUUGGAGCUGGAUCGCAAUCGAAUCGAUGAUCCAUUGUUUGCCUCCAGCGUGGUUCAAUUGGCGAAAGAUAACGUGAUGCUGGUGCGGCGCACGGCGCUGAACGUUUUGAGCAAGCUUUUGACGCUCCAUCCCAACUAUGCACCGAUCAUCAAGCUGUGGUCUAAAUGUAUACUCAUUUUCCUGGAGGACAAUGAUGAGAAACUGAAAGAAUCGGCCAUCGAGAGCCUUAAAAGGAAUGUUUUCGAUAACAUUUGUCGCUAUGAGGAUUCGUCUUCGAGGAAAAAGUUUACUCCUUGGCUGAUCGUUCGGUCGAUACUGGUGCUGGGCAAGAUCAAUGUGCUGAAAGCAGCGAUCGACUCUUGGGUGCAGAAAUCUUUUUUAACGGCAAACAAUUUCAGCAUUAUUGAGUCGCACAUCUAUACGGUGAACUACACUGAAGCGUGGAUUGUUCUAUCGAUCAUCGCAAACAAAAUGAAAUCAAAGAAUCCGGAUGUUGUGAUAAAAAUAUUGAAGGAAAUGCUGCAGCAAGAUGUGUACAAUUCAACGAUAUGUUUGCAGUACAUUCUGAGCGUGAUCAAGAGCUGGUUGCACGAUUUCUCCAGCGUUAAAUUGAAUGACUUAUUCAAGAUGCUGUGGGAUAUUCUACGAACCGGCAGCACGAAUGUAUCGCUCGUGAGCUCGAUCUACACUUUGUGCUGUAUGAUAUUG